AUGGAUCAACUUGAGGAAAUUCUAUGCAAAUGCUUUGGGAAUAUCAACAGUCUGGAAAUCAUCAAGGUUUGUGUGCUGGAGAGGCAAAUAUUUGAUUUCCUUGGAUAUCAGUGGGCACCUAUCCUAGCAAAUUUUGUACAUAUUAUCAUCGUCAUCCUUGGUUUGUUUGGAACUAUUCAAUAUAGACCUCGUUAUGUAACAGGAUAUGCUGUCUGGCUAGUCCUCUGGGUGACCUGGAAUGUCUUUGUUAUCUGCUUCUACUUGGAGGCUGGAGAUCUCUCAAAGGAAGCAGACCUUAUCCUGACAUUUAAUAUUUCAAUGCAUCGAUCUUGGUGGAUGGAGAAUGGACCAGGAUGUAUGGUGACAUCUGUGACACCUGCCCCAGAUUGGGCUCCAGAAGACCAUCGAUACAUCACUGUCUCAGGGUGUUUUCUGGAGUACCAAUACAUAGAAGUGGCUCAUAGUUCGCUCCAGAUUGUCCUCGCACUGGCGGGCUUCAUCUAUGCCUGUUAUGUUGUGAAAUGUAUAACUGAAGAAGAGGACAGCUUUGAUUUCAUAGGUGGCUUUGAUUCUUAUGGAUAUCAAGGGCCUCAGAAGACAUCUCACUUACAACUACAACCCAUGUACAUGCAAAUUCCCUUGGAUAACAACUGA